UAUAACCACAACGCUAUGACUGUUAUCAAGGACGAGUCCAAGUGCCGUCCCAACCCCCGAAGUCUCGCGCCUGUGUCGAUUUGGUCUGAAGCAACCCUUUAGACGACGAGAUGUUCGAUCGUAACUUUCUUGACAUCAAAUAUCUAUAGCUCUAGAGCCCUCGUUAGCCCAAAAGAACGCUUUCAGGUGACAACUAUUGCGCGCUGAGUAUUCGGAACAUCUUACAAUACGCCUUUGUUUGCGAUAUAUGCCUCCAUGGAGGCAGCCUGGCGUCGCUGGCAAUUUUCAAGAGUGGCCCAUUCACUUCCCUGACAUUAUGACCCUACCUCUGCCCUCUGCCGGACCGCAGAUAUACCGGGGGCUGUAUUACAUUCGUGGGCGCUUAUUUUUCUCAGGCGUCACGUCGGGCCUUCCUAACUGCGGCACUCUGAUCAUCGGCUGGCGUCGAGCGGCACCCCCUGCGGCCACCACCAACGGCGGGAGGACACACACUUGAUCCAUUGACGCAAUAAGCUGUCAUGGAUGGCGUGGACGCUGAGGCCACAUGGCCGCGCGGACCGCAGGGGGCCCAAGCGCUGCUUGGCUCCGACGGCCCGCCAACGCCCGCGCACCUGUCAGCCUUCCUGCUCCAACAACACCAACAGGCCUUCCUCCGCAGGGGCAACGCGUCACUGAUGCGUGUGAAGGCACCCGCGGGCCCUGCCCUGGCGGCAGCCGCAACUACAGCUGCUGAUGGUGACACGGACGUGUGCCUGUCGGCUGGCUCCGCCGGCAGCAGCCGCCGCGCCUCGUCUUUCAGCUCGCUGGCCUCCUCCCUGGGCUCCCUGGCGGCGGCCGCAAAGCCGCACCUGCGCCAGUCCUCACGCAUGCGGCCGCCCGCAGCUGCGGCUUCUGCUACUGCUGCCGCAGCCGCAGUCGCUGCCGUGGCACCCCAGAGCCGAGCUCGUGAGUCUGGCAAGCUUGGCUUGGACGUCCUGCAGGAGCUGGCACCGGAAAUGCCCGGCGGCGGCGGCGGUCACGGAGACACCGUGCAGGCCUAUGACCUGACGACGGAGGAGGAGAGGGACGCGGCGCCGCGCUCCUGCAGCGGCUCCGUGCGGAUAGCGCGGGGCGUGGGCUAUAGUGGCUCAAGGCGCAUGGCGUUUGGCGGGGCGCUUCAGGCGGUACCGCCGGCGAUGCAGCCGCUGCCGCCGCCAGCGCCGCGCCCGCUGGGGCCGGCGGCAGCUGCAGCGGCGGCGGUGGGCGCCGCGGCACCCAGAGCUGGAGGCGUAUCAGCUGCUGUGGCCGUGAGCUCAGGCGGUAACGCGACGCCGCUGUACCUGCAACUACGGCAGCAGCGGCUUCGUCACGAGGAGGCCGUGUCAGGAGCACACCAGGGUCGCAUGUCAGAGAGAGCGGGAGGGGAAGGCAUGGAAAGCCCCUCAGCGCAGGUGCGCUGCGAAGCGGGAGGCGAAUGUGCCGGGGCUGACUCCGAUGGCGAGCGGGAGCAGUUGCCCACACCGCUGGGCCAGCAUGCGGAUGCCGCGCCGGUGACGCCGCCAGGCGGGGCCGCUGCCUCCGGCGGCAGUGCGACGCCCGCCAAGGCUGCGACGCUGUGGCGGAAGAUUGCUGGGCUGAUCGGUGCCGGGGGCGUGCAGCAGCUCGAGUCCUCGCCAGUCAAGGCGCCGGCGUCCCCGGCGCUGCCGCCGACACCGGCCCAGCCGUCACCUGCGCCUUUAGGGGCGCGAAUGAUGCCCUCGCCGCCGAAGCAGCGGCCGCCCGGGCCACACGACUCCCGGCUGCUGCACCACAAACGCAUCCGGCGGGAGCGCACCAACCCCGCAUUCGCCGCGGCAGCCGUCCGCGCGCUGGCGGCGCCGCCGACGCCGCUGCCCACCACCGCGUGGGGCGAACCAGUCGCCGCUGGCCGUGGUGAGGGCGGCCUGGGUGCCGCUGUGCUCCGGCCGCCGGACAACACCGCGCUUGUCUCUACGCAGCAGCCCGGUGCCCGGCAGCAAAAUCAUCAUCAGCUGCAGCAACAACAACAACAGCAUAAGGCCGGAGCGAGGCCCCGGGCUCAGCCGCCGCCGCCGCCACUCGCUCUGCCGGUCGGCGAGCCCCGGGCCCCAAGCGCGCUAACGUCGCCUGUUGGUGCUGGUAUGGGUGCACUGUCGUCACCCGAUGGCGGCGGUGGCGCCAGCAUUCUUGCGGGGCGCAGCUUCCAGCGCCGCAGCAACGCUGUGCUUCCCGAUCCUGCUGCCGACGGCCCCGCCGCCGCUGCCACGGCAGCGGUGGCAACGGCGACCUUGCCUGCAGUGUCAGCGUGGCCACCGCCGCCUGCGCUUCAGGUGUCCCGGUCUAUGCCGCGGGCAGCAGCCGACGACGCGGCGCCACUGAGUGGUGACUGCUCCGAGCAGCCAGCGCAGCUGGUGCAGAAGAGUACGUCAUUCGCCAGGGCGCCUCAGGCGCCCGCGGGUAGCGCAGCAGGCGGACAGGCCCGCGGCGUGGGCACCGGGGUUGCCGUGGAGGUGUGGGGCGCCGCGGCCGCCGCCGCAGCUGCCGCCGUGGCGCCGGCGGGGCUGGGCGAGCUGUCGCUACCCGGCGGCUUCCCCGGCGGUGCCGGCCUUGCGCAGGCACACAGCGCAGGUGUGAUACCGGCAGGCCGCUCGCAUCCCCUGAGGCCCUUGUCCUCGUCGCCCUUUGACGGUGCGCCUGACGGCCACAGCAGCAGGGGCAGCUGCGGCAAUAGCCCCGCCGAUGCAAACAGCGCAAGCCGUGGGACGCGCCAGACCUCGGCACACCGCUCCGUCAGUCACGGCGGCAACACUAGCGGCAACGGCGCGGGGGCCGCGCUGGGCUGGUGGCGGCGCCUGGGCAGGGCAAUCACCCACAGCGGCGCUGUCGCCAGCCUUGCAGCCGAGUCGUCGCAGCUGGAGCCCCAGCCACAUGGGCGUGCCUCUUACAACGGCCUCGCGAGCGCAGGCACCCCCGGCACAGAUGACCUGUCGCAGGCUAGCCUUGCCUCCGCGCCAGCACCACAUGUGCCGCCGCCACUGUCGCCGGCGCCGGCACCGCCCAAGCCGCCGCGCCUGGCGGCAUCGCCUUCCCUCACGCGAAAUUCAGGAAGCCCGCCGCUGCUGCGCCCGUCAGAGAGCUUUGGCGCCUCGCUUCUCGCCACCGCCGCCUCCAUUGGCCUGGGCCGCGGCAGCGCCUCGCACGCGCCGCAUGAUUCACGGAUCGUGCACCGCCGCCGCUACGACCGUGAGCGCCCGCCCUCCAUGCUGGCUGCAGCCUGGGCUGCCCAGGCCGCGGAGGGCGACGCCCUGCCGUCCUCGGGCCCUGCCUCAGCCGCCGUCUCGGAGCGCGCACCUCCUGGCAGCAGGCUGCAGAGCCAGCAGCAUCCAACGUCACCCCCGCUGAGCGCCGCCGCCAAUGUUGCACCCGAGCCACCCCAAUCUACCGGCACGUCGAUCAGCGGCGGGCCCAACGACAGCGGCGCCACCGGAGGCGCUGGCGGCUUGAUGUUUGACAUGCUUCAUGGCGAGUACGGCGCUUCAGGCCUAGCCCGCGUCAACCGGGGUCUGAGCGCCGCUAAGCCUGGGGCCGGCACCGGCCAGGACAGAGCGGCGGCGGUGCCCAGCGCCGGCACCGCUGCAGGAGCCGGUGCGGUUGCGAGUGGCCAGCCCAGCGAUCCAUUGGUGAUCCUGCGGCGCAGUGCACCGGGCUCCCUGGCGGGCGCGGCCCGCUGCUCAUGGCCGUUCUUCUAAUCCGCAUGCUGAGCACUUGGCGUGGAACGUGCAACCGCGGGCGGGUUGCGCGGGGGCCGCCGCGGAGGUGGCUUUCAGGACGGGGGGGCCCGCCGGGGCGCCGGCGGCCAGCCGGGUACUUCGUGGAGGGUUCCGAUCGUCAGGGUCGGGUGCAGAGCAGCCGCUGGGCCGGGUUUCUGGCACAGGCAUGAUGUCAGUGGGCGAAGGAGAGGUGCCGGCAACGCGUGUCAGCGCGGACGGGUUGGGUGGGCUUGGGGCACGGGCGCUGAUGCGACUGCGUUCGCUGAAGUCACUGCUGCCGGUGGGAGGCAAGAGCUAAGCAGCAUUUGACACAGCUUAGGGGUUUAAGGCGUGAAGGUUGGCACACGUCGGCAGUUUGUUGACUUGACUUGGAGGUCACGUCAUUAUUGUAGGGAGCUUGCCGUGGCAAGGCAGGGGGCGGGUGCAUUCUACGGGGCGGGUGCAGCAACACACGCAUACGUACGUCACAUCGCACACUGUAUCCACUGUCCCAUCGCAUACGUACGUCACAUGGUGCGUUUGCAUAUGCGCACCAGUCUACGGUACAUAGUGCGGGAUUGGGGGUAGCCUCGAGCCUACACACUCCGCACAUUGGGACAAACAUGGCUUCCUUGCGCAAGAUGCAGUGUGCAAGGCCACGUACCAGGGGCACCCCUGCCACGUACAUAAUCCGCAGAGGACGCGCGAGAGACAUGGCGCCAAACUGGGCUUCCCCGGGGGCAGCAUUGCUACUUGUGCACGGUGCACGGUGAUGAUGACGGGAGCAGGCCACCGCAAGGGUAGACUCAUACGCGCUGGUGCGCUGCACCCGGAGGACGCCACCCGCAAUGUCCUGCAGCUGCACGUGAAUGGCUCUGGAGGUGUGUUGGCUGUCACCGGAACCGCUUAACUGGAGGACAUGUAGGCAUUGGGAGCUGGGCUGGAAGCUGUCAGGAGGUUGGGCAUACGGUACCAUGAUUCCACACGCCUGCUAUUGAUGGCGACAUGCAGCAGGUGUGCGAUGUGGCGCCACAGGGAGCACAAGGGCGAGUCCCAAGCUGCAGGACGGGGAUGCGUGGUCAGUCGGAUGGGCAUGGCGUGAUGCUGCGAAGAGGUAUCGCCUAACCAGACUCAGGCAUGCCGUAGCCCUCUGCAUCAUUGCAACCCCGGGGUCCAGGCGCGCUCCGUGUGGGGCUGUGGGCCCAGUGGGGCCAUCACACCGCUGGUUACGAGGAAGGUGGCGGGAAGGCGGCCACGCGGUUGCUGAGACAGGCCGGCCACUGGUCCUGGCGAAAUGAAGAGCCGCGGUCAAAGGUUGGAAGGCUCGGUUGUCGUUAUUUGCACAGCGGCAUUGGGAGGCCUGAUGGAUAAGCCGGACGCAUGUGCGGGCGCGCUGCAGUUAGCUGAAAGCGGUUA